AGCUAGGUGGGGUUAGCAACACAACACAACACACCGUUGGCAGCAGUAUAGUGCGUGUAGUGCGAGACGAGGGUAGCAGUGACCAGUGAGCGACUGACCGACAGACUUGAGUGAAAGUGUUGAGAUAAGCACGUUAUUUUCAGGUCGCACGAUGGUGUGGUAUGGCUUGCCCUCUCCUGGAUCAGCUGCAGAUAUUAGGCACCAGCAAAAUGAUCCUUGGCAUGAAGGACUGCAGGAAGAGGAAGAGGAGGAGGACAAAGAAUCACAGGGGAAUGAGACAGAGCUUAGUUCCUCUGAGCAGGAUGAGCUGCAGGAGGAAGAGUUGCAGCAGCAGCAGCCUCAGGCCACAUUCAUCAUCACCAGUCCACAACCAAACAGGAAACCGUUUCCAGAGGAAUGCACCAUUUGCCUCUGUCUCUACAAGGAGCAAGAGCGGCGGCCCCGGUCACUGCCCUGCGGCCACACUUUCUGCUCACUGUGUAUAGCUGCCCUUCUGAAGGAGAGCCAUCUUUCCUGCCCCAGCUGUCUGACUGACCAUUUUGUUCCAAAUGAAUGUAAUUUUCCAGUCAAUUAUGCCUUGGAGAACAUGAUAGUGAGAUUUAGGACUCUGCAGAGUAAAGAAACCUCUCCAGUCACUGCAGAAACCACUGAAGUCAUAGCAGAAGAGUCCAAGCAGAAUAGAGCAGCAGGUCUAAGCAGGAGACUGCAGGCUGUAAUAACAGAGCAGAAGGAGAGCAUGGGCAGCCUUAGGGGAAACUUAAAGCUGGAGCUUUACCAGUUAGAGCUGUAUCAAGGUGAGCUGUCCCUCUCACUAACCAAACAUGACCUCCAGUUGAAGGAGUUGGACAAGCUGAGACAACAGCACCAAAAUGCUAUGAAGCUGCUUAAGGAAGAGGAUCAGAAUGUGGAGGCUUUCAUGAAAGAAGGAGAAGAGGAUCAUAACAAGAUGGGUGCUGCUCAGACCCAGCUAGACAGUGUCUCCUCAGCCCAGAGGGCAUACCCUGUCAUUGACAGUGCUGAUCACUGUGCUAUGGAGGCUGAGGAGUGGCUGCAGAAAUGCAAGCAGAAAUUUCCCAAUAGUGCAGCCUACAGUGUUUCCAGCAGAGUGCUGGAGUGCUCUCAAGCAGCUCUGCAGAUGGCCAUGCAGGCUGAGGAUACAGCUGAGUCCUUCACUCCUGGACAUGCAAGCUCUACUAUCAUGGAGGUGUUGAAGAAGAUGGAUGAAAGAUCGAGUGAGCUUGUAAAGCAACACGCUGAGAGGACACUGAGAAUGGUUCUCAAGGAUGUUCCAGAAUCAUCCGCCAAGAAAGGUGAAAAUGACUCACUGCCAUUCAAAUUCCCAGAGAUGACAUCUGCAGCUUCUAACUUCACCUUCAAGUUUCCCACCAGUGAGUCUUUUGUAUUUUCAUCAAACAAGCCUGAUGGUGUAGCAACCUUUCCAAGCUCCUUACAACCCAGCCACAGGAUGGUCUCUCUUCAUAAGAAAAAGGUCACCUCUUUAGAUAAUACUGCACAGCCUUCUUCCACCACCACCACCACCCCCACUCCCACUAGUGUACCUUCCUUUUCUGGCUUCCUCUUUGGCACCACCACAACGGAGUCUUCCUCCUCCAUUCUUACUACCACCAGUACAGCUAUCCCCAAGGAGCAGCCCAAAGCAGCACUCUUUGGCAGUAAUCCCACUACUACUGCAGGUACUAAUGGGUCUUCCUCUUCCUCUCUCUUUAGCAGUACAAAACCUACCUUUUCUUCCAUCUUUGGCACAACCACCACCACACCUACCCUUUCUUCCUUCUUUGGCACCACCAGCACCACCAUACCUACCAUUUCUUCCUUUGGCACAACCACCACCACCACACCUACCCUUUCUUCCUUCUCUGGUCCCCUUGUAAAGCCUAAUAAUUAA